UAUGUUUCUGGUGCGUUCGCGGCCCCUGCGGUAGUGCUCGGACUUCCGAGCGACGGUGAACACACCGUGAGGGGAUUGCGGGAGGACAAGGACACAGAGCGACAAUGACUUCUGUCUUUAUCCAGGUAGCCGCUGUGCCGCAGUAGUCCCAUACACGCGUUGCUGUUGGUCGUCCUCUGUGUUCAGGUGGUUGUUGGCUGCUGAGUGGGAAUGUGUUGACCCCUGUGGUAAAUGGCUGCUAGCAGAGGAGGCCUGGCCUUCUGGGUGGGGUGUGUCCGCGGCCACGGCAGGAGGCAGCCCCCCCACAAACAGAGCUGGAGGCUCACUCAGUUGGGCGACUGGAAAUGUAUGGGUCGGCCCCGGCCCCUGAGCAGUGCUGCGUGGGCUCUGGCGCCCCCUAAUGGCCUGAGGUAUCAGAGCAUGAAGCAGCCCCUGCUGUCCCACCCUCUGCACCAUGCUGUCCAUCCUCAGAGACCCGGCUGCUGCGAGGAGGAGUGGGAGGAGUCCCGCAGUGUUUGUGUUCUGGUCCGGAGCGACGCUAGCGGGCUGCAUGCCCUGCUGGAGCUGCCCGACUUCACACGCUUAAAACCAGGAGAGCUGCACGCCCUGAGGCCCGCAGCAUCCUCGGAGUUGUCCUUCCUCCUGACCACUGUGGAUGGCAGCCGAGUGGACGACAUCAGCGUCCAGAGUCUCCAGAAGUCCAUCUCUGAUGUCAAAGACAGACCACAGGACUGUUUCAGGAGUCUGUUUGAGGCAGAGGCCUGUCCCGCGCCGUUCAUGUACGGAUCUCACUUUUACUGUUUUCAUUGCCCGGGAACACAAAGACUGCUGCCACCCGUGUCUCUGUUCGGUGAAGGAGAAGAACUGCUGCCAGCUGUGUCUCUGUGCAGCCAAAUAGAAGGAGCGAGGGAGCAGCCUCAUGCAGGAGGAGGUGAAGACGAGGAGAAACUGGCUACGAUGUAUGAAAGACUGAGGAUAGAGCUUCCCAGGUUCUUCCUGAUCAACCACGACUACACCAUGUACUCCAACGACGUGGAGUUCAUCAACGGCCUCGUCAACAUGAAGACCAGAGGUCGUGUGGCGUACCAGCUGACCCUGGCCGUGUGGCGCCUCAUGUGUCUGUGUUACUACGCCGAGGCUCGGCUGGAGGUGCUGAAGCUCACCAAACACCCCGAGGACGGAAGCAUCAAGGCGCGCUGGAGGAUCAAGGGCAUUCCGUUUCACAGUGUGCUGCUGCGCUUCUACCGCAGAGACAAGUCCCACCUGUACAGGUCGUAUGAUGCGUUCUCCACCUUUUACCUGGGACAGGACGGACUCAUUCACUGUCACAAGGUUGAGAAGGUGAUGCCGGCUCAGCCGCCUCUCCUCCCCGGAGGAGCCUCCCUCCUGGCGGGGGCGCUGGUGGCUCUCGGGGUGCAGGAGCACCGACCGGCCCUCCACCUGCUGCCCCCCCUGCUGUCCUUCCUACGACAGAGGAACUAACGCUGGGAUAGGUUCCUGUGGCCCCCCCCCCCCCGUCAUCAGCUUCUGCAUGUGCCCAGAUGAAGCUUUGCUCCUGCAGGAUGUCGCUCCGCUUCCCCUGAACUGAACCGAAGUCCACGUUUGCUCCUCCUGUGUUCAUGUGUUCAGAUGUUCGCAGUAACUUCAUUACUGAAUCGGCUUACAUGGUUGUCUUUGUCACGUAUUAAACUGUGGAUUUAAACUUCAGCCAUCUAACAGUCCAGAAAUAAAUCCAGAAGAUCCA